ACUGACGGGCUAAGGUGAGAAUUUAAGGCAUGAGACCCGUGGCUCAAGUCGUAGUCUGCUUCGUGCCUGCAGCUUAGCAGCCUCCACCAGUUGAUCGCCAUCUCGGACGCACGUGCCCGAUCAAGCAGAGGUUGAUCUCGUGUUCACUCGUGGGAAUACCGAGAUUACACGUCUGACCGCCCCGGUUCAACAAUGACCACUACAAAGAGUGCCAAGUACUUCUAUAGAUCCACCGGUGGGGGUGGUGGAGGAGACAUUUCUAUCGAAUAUGGCACCGAUCUGGGUGCACUCACCCGGCUGGAGGAUAAAAUCCGGCUGCUUCAGGACGAUCUAGAAACGGAGCGAGAGAUGAGGCAGAGGAUCGAACGAGAAAAAUCCGACCUUCUGAUCCAAUUGAUGCAGGUGACGGAGCGGUUGGAGGAAGCGGAAGGAAGCAGCGAGAGUCAGGCGGAGUUGAAUAAAAAAAGAGACGUGGAGUUAGCCAAAUUGAGAAAAUUGUUAGAAGACGUCCACCUGGAGAGUGAAGAAACGGCCCAUCAUUUAAGAAAAAAACACCAAGAGAGCAUCGUCGACUUCCAGGAGCAAGUGGAGCAAUUAAACAAGCACAAGACAAAGUUAGAUAGAGAGAAGCAGAAAUUGCAAGCCGAAGUUUACGAGCUGUUGGCUCAAGUCGAAAAUGCCAAUAAAGAAAAGAUGGCAGCGCAUAAGGUGGUGGAGAAAUUGGAAAUUACCGUUCACGAACUCAACAUCAGAAUCGAAGAACUCAACCGAUCCGUCACCGAAGUCACAGCCCAAAAAUCCCGCCUUCAUUCCGAAAACGUGGAACUGAUCAAAGAAGUCCAAGAGUACAAAUCAUCCCUCGACAACGUAAACUAUCUGAAGACCCAGCUAGCCACUCAACUAGAAGAAACUCGACGAAGGUUAGAAGACGAGGAAAGGAAACGUUCUAGCUUGGAGCAACACGUCCACACCUUGGAAGUCGAAGUAGAAUCCUUGAAAGUCCAACUUGAUGAGGAAUCCGAGAUACGAAUGGAUCUGGAGAGGCAAUUGAGUAAAGCCAACGGUGAUGCCGCUGCCUGGAAAUCCAAGUACGAAGCAGAGUGCCAAGCUCACAACGACGAAUGCGAAGAACUGAGACGCAAACUUGCCCAGAAAGUGGCGGAAUACGAAGAACAGCUUCAAGCUUUACUGAACAAAUGCAGCUCGUUGGAGAAGCAAAAAUCCAGAUUGCAGAGCGAAGUCGAAGUCCUGAUCAUGGAUUUAGAAAAGGCCACCACACACGCUCAGAAUAUGGAAAAACGAUGCGCACAAUUGGAAAAGAUGAACUUAGACUUGAAGAACAAAGUGGACGAGUUAGUGGCUUUGCUGGAACAAGCGCAGAGAGAAACCAGAGCCAAGAUCGCGGAACUUCAGAAAUUGCAACACGACUACGAGAAACUAAGGGACAACAGGGAUGCAUUGGCUCGGGAGAACAAAAAGUUGCAAGACGACCUCAACGACGCCAAGGGUCAGCUCAGUGACGCUCAGAGGAGGAUCCACGAGAUGGACAUCGAGAUCAAGAGAUUAGAAAACGAGAGAGAGGAACUGAUGGCGGCUUAUAGAGAGGCGGAAGCCAUGAGGAAGCAGGAAGAAGCCAAGGCUCAACGUCUGGCAGCCGAAUUGGCUCAAGUUCGUCACGAGUACGAGAAGAGACUGGCUGCCAAGGAGGAGGAGUUGGAAUCUCUACGCAAACAGAUGCAAAUAGAAAUCGAACAUCUGAGCCAGAGAUUGGCCGAAGCGGAAGCCAAAUUGAAGACAGAAAUUGCAAGAAUCAAGAAGAAGUUUCAAGUUCAAAUCACGGAAUUGGAAAUGUCUCUGGAUGCUGCAAACAAACAGAAUUUGGAUCUUCAGAAGACCAUCAAGAAACAAGCUCUUCACAUUACCGAAUUGCAAGCCCACUACGACGAAGUACAUCGCCAGUUACAGCAGACCCUCGAUCAAUUAGGGGUAUCUCAACGUCGUUGCCAAGGUCUUCAGGCUGAACUGGACGAAAUGCGCACCAGUUUGGAACAGGCUAACAGAGCCAAGAGAGCGGCCGAGAUCCAGUGCGAAGAAGCCACUUCCAGAAUAAACGAGUUGAACACCAUCAACAUGAACUUGUUGGCAGCUAAAUCCAAGUUGGAGGGCGACUUCUCUACCUUACAGGCCGAUUUCGAAGAAAUUCAGAAGGAACUAAGGGCAGCCGACGAGAGAGCCACAAGAGCAAUUUCGGAGUUGAAGAUCACUAAGGAUGCUCUAGUCGAAGAGACGGAACGUUUAGUCAAGAUCGAAUCCAUCAAGAAAUCACUAGAAAUUGAGGUGCACAAUUUGCAAGUUCGCAUCGAAGAAGUAGAAGCCAACGCGUUGGCCGGUGGCAAGAGAGUCAUCGCCAAAUUAGAGUCCAGAAUUCGAGACAUAGAAAUCGAAUUCGAAGAAGAGAAACGUCGACAUGCCGAAACGCAGAAGAUCCUGAGAAAGAAAGAAUUGAGGAUGAGAGAAUUAAUCUUGCAAACCGAAGAAGAUCACAAACUAAUCAACAUGUUGAACGAUUCGGUCGAUAAAUUGUCGGAGAAGGUCAAGUUGUACAAACGACAAUUGGGCGAACAGGAAGGACUUAGUCAACAGAAUUUGACCCGGGUGAGAAGAUACCAACGCGAAUUAGAAGCCGCCGAAGAGAGGGCCGAUGCGGCAGAAAGCAACCUGAAUAUGAUCAGAGCCAAGCAUAGAACCUGGGUGACCACUAGCCAAAUCCCAGGAGGCGUCAGGCAGGUGUUUGUCACAGAAGAACAACAACAGUUUUAAAUUCGAAAAGACAAAGUCAACGAGUGGAGGAGGAGGAGGAGGAAGAGGUGUAGGAGGAGAAGUAAACGAGAUGCUUGACAUCCGAAGAAAUUUUCCAUAAAUUGGAACAAAGUUUACGUUCUAUUUAAACUGCGCAGUUUAUUAUAGAGCCAAAUUGUCGUGACGUCUGGUGAUUCUAUAUAAUAUUUGUGGCUCCUUGGUCUUUUACGAAAACCUGCAGGUUUUAUCCACUGUAAUUUUUUUUUUUUUUGCUAACAAUUUAGAAAAGCAGCUUGUAUGUGAUUUUAAUGUAACAGAGGAAAAUGUAAAACAUGGUCCUGCUUACAAAUACGUCUUGGUUUUUAUCUUUUCUGGCUUGACUGGCAUAGACAAGUGACUCGCUGGGUCCAGAACGAGGAAAUCUCCAUAAGAUUAUCUUCGUUAACUUAAAGACAAACGAACAGUUUUAUUUAAUACCCGACUCGUUCUUGUAUCGGGAAGCAAAACUGUACUUUAAUCAUGUAAAAUAAAUAAUGCAAAAUGCAAAUUAA